CGCCGCCGCCGCUCACUCGCAGCGCCUGCAGCUCCGCCGCCAUGAUCGCCGCCCGCCGCGCCGCCGAGCCGCCCGCCAUGGACGACUACGAGCACCCCAAGAAGGAGCGCCAGGGCGUCUUCGCUCUCGAUGACCGCCACGACAGCGGCCUGGACUCCAUGAAGGAGGAGGAGUACCGGCAGCUGGUGAAGGAGCUGGAGGACAUACGGCUGCAGCCCCGCGAGCCGCCCGCCUGGGCACAGCAGCUGACGGAGGACGGGGACACUUUUCUCCACUUGGCCAUUAUUCACGAGGAAAAAGCCCUGAGCCUAGAGGUGAUCCAGCAGGCAGCCGGUGACCGGGCUUUCCUGAACUUCCAGAACAACCUCAGCCAGACUCCUCUUCACCUGGCAGUGAUAACUGAUCAGCCUGAAAUUGCUGAGCAUCUUCUGAAGGCUGGAUGCGACCUGGAAAUCAGGGAUUUCCGAGGAAACACCCCCCUGCACAUCGCCUGCCAGCAGGGCUCCCUCCCAAGCGUCGGCGUGCUCACGCAGUACUGCCAGCCCCAGCACCUCCUGGCUGUCCUGCAGGCAGCCAACUACAACGGACAUACGUGUCUUCAUUUAGCAUCUAUCCAGGGAUACCUGGCUAUUGUGGAGUAUCUGCUGUCCUUGGGAGCAGAUGUAAACGCACAGGAGCCAUGCAAUGGCAGAACAGCACUACAUUUGGCAGUUGAUCUGCAGAAUUCAGAACUGGUGUCACUUCUGGUGAAACAUGGGGCAGACGUGAACAAAGUGACCUAUCAGGGCUAUUCCCCCUAUCAACUCACAUGGGGAAGAGACAACUCAAGCAUACAGGAACAGCUGAAGCAGCUGACCACAGCUGACCUGCAGAUGUUGCCAGAAAGUGAGGAUGAAGAGAGCAGUGAAUCAGAGCCUGAGUUCACAGAGGAUGAACUUAUAUAUGAUGACUGCCUUAUUGGAGGACGACAGCUGGCAUUUUAAAGCAGAGCUUUCUGAAAAGAAGUGACUGUAUACAUAUGUAUAGAAAAAGGACUGACUUUCUUCACCUAAAAAGAAAGUCACAAUGUGGAGAGAAAAAAGAGGAGGGAAAUACUACACUGCCCAGUAAGGAGAAGGAGCACAUUAUUGUGACAGGACAGUUCCAGGAUCUCCCUCGUGUUUAAAUACAGGAGUGGGAUGUGUAACAUCAGUACAGAUCUGUGAUUAUUCACACCACCUGAUGAAGAGCCACAUAGCCAAUCUUCUCUGCCGUGCAAAGGUAACAGACUACACAUCCAACCUGCUCGUUACAGGGAGCUUUCUUGUGGCUUCAAGUACUACAGGGAACAAGUGACCUUUCAUGGCAAGGUGGACUCAUGCCAACACUGCUUUACAAAGACUCUACAUUCAUUUGUUCUGGGCUGGUAGCAGUCCCUGUCCUUUCUGACUGACCUCAGCUGCUCUCAGUGAGGCUUCCCAGGUUAGAGGAGUCAGAAGAAGGGACUGGUGCUAUCUUGGCUCUUAGGCAAAGUAGAAAUAAUGUUAACUGUGGGCAUUGGAAAAGUGUGUUUCACACUGUGUGUGUCAUAAUUGCUACACUUUUUAGCAACUGUAUAUUGUGUAAAUACUGUACAUUUUUUGUUUAUAAUUAUUUUGGUACAUGUGAGAUAUGUAUUUAUUAAAAAAAGUCUGAUUACUGUA